AUGAAAAGUAAUUUUAUUUUACUAGCAUUAAUAAUAUUGGCUAAUCAUACUCAUGCGGUUGAGUUUUUCGAGGGCGAUGCAAACACUUUAAAACUUUCAAAAGAAAAUGAAAAUUUAGGAGUACGGAAGCUUAAAGCUAUUCUUCUGCCUUGCGAGUCUCUUCAUAAAGAUGUCAAGUGUAAGACGAGAAUUGAUAUUAAAGCAUUGUUGAAUCCAUCGCAGAACAAAGAAAACACAUUAUUAGUGAUCGAUGAAGUUUACGACGUCAAAAAGCGCUUAAACUUUCCAUUGUUACAUCCAUACAUGAUACAACUGGCACAAUGGGAACGAACUUUGAAGUAUCCUUUGCAACUGCACCAAUCUGUCGAUGUUUUAUGUGACAACAACGAAUCAGUGCAAAGAAAAGAUUCUGAUAGCAUAAACACGUUAAAAAAUAAAGUUGACAAAGAGACUGUCGGAAAUUUAUGGAAUGCUAUUAAGAUGAAGCAAGGUGAUGCAAUUAAAAGAGAUUCCCUAGACUUACACUCAUCUGACGUAACAGAUGUGGAUAAAAAUGAUUUAUUGCUUUAUUCUGAUGAAGAAAACUUGUUGAGAAAGCAUUCACCUCCUGUAAGUGAUGACGCCUUUAAAAUAUUCGGGUGGCAUAAUAAAUCUCUGGACAAUACUUUAAUUAAAAGCUUUAAACCAUCGGUCAAAGAGUUCAAUUCCUAUCCCAUGGAUAACCAAAGCAAACCGCAAAAUGAAAACGAAUUGAAUCAGAUUCAUCACCAGCAGUAUCAGCAAUUUCAAACACCACAAAAUUUAACUGCACUCUUCUCAAAUAAUUUCAAAUUUAAUAGCUCACCAAAAGGAUUUGAAAUGAAAAUUUCUGAUUGGAAUUCAACCAAGAAACAAUUUCCCAAUGGUGGCGACAUCCAUAAUGACCAAAAUCAUAAAAUUCAUCAUCAAUCGGCUAAGAAUUUCAUUGGAUUUCCCAGCAUUUACAUCAAUGAAUCUCAAACGAGAAAAGGCUUGGGAAGAAAUAAAAACUUCGAUUAUGGUUUAACGAAAACACGGAGGAGAGUUGAGAAUGACAAUUUAAUUCAAAAAAACUUAAUUGAAAAAAAAAUUCAUAAAAAAGUUUCGAGAAAUAAGGAAAACAGUUUGAAAAAUGAAAUUUACAACCACAACAUGAAUGAGAAUGAUAAAAACCUGAAACGCAACACGAUGAAGAAUCUUGAAAUGGCUUUUAAGAUUCAAAGUGAAGAUACAAGCAGUGCAAAGUUUCCUUCUACCGAACGAAGACAAUUCAAUCAAAAUAAUCAAAGGCAUUAUGCAAAACUUCAAGAAAACUCAAACGAAGUGUCAUCUUUUAACAACUAUAAAAGAAAUCCAAUUGAUUCAUUUCCAAUCAGUAAAGGAAGAAUGAAGCAAUGGAAAGAUGUUUAUGAGAAUCAUCACACGAUGAACGUCGAUAAUAGUGAAUCCUUUCAAGUUGGAAAAGAUGCGGAAGAUGAGAGUCGAAUGAAUGAAAUGAUUAUUGAAAAUGAUUUUUAUGACGAAUUUGUGCCGGAUAAGGAAGACGAUCCUAAUUUGAUGGUGGAAGAGGAAAGCUUUAAACCGAAUCGGAAUGCAAAGCAGGAAGUAAACUCAGAACAAACGGAAAAGCGUUUCAAGAGGUUUUUUCUCAACAUUGAUGACGGUGCAGCUUUAAGAACAUCGAACAACUAUAAUCAAACAGAUGGAAACUCUGAAGUUGAAAUGAAACAAGAACCAAUUAAAGGCAAAAGGUUUUCCGUUUAUCGCUUGGCUUCACCUUUUAUUCAUUUCUCACUGAGGGUUGAAGUGUUCCGCAAACAUUUCGGAAAAUGGCUUCGAAUUUGUCCACAAAUGAUCUUAACAAGCGAAUCGGAAAAUUUUUCUGAUGGAGAUUUUCACGUUGGUUUAUCACCACGCAACACUUUCAAUUAUUUCCCUGAUUUCGAUGUCAACAAAACGUUUAUAUUGUUGUCGGAGGAUGGAACAUCAAUUCAGAGUUUAUUAACCCUCGACAAUUCAUCGUCGUUGAGCAUCACAACUGCAAUUAGACAAUCAAUUUGUCGAUCAGAGAUUGAAGCAGACACAGCAGCUCAUAGUUCACUGCUUAUGUUAUCUGAAACGGUGUUAAAUCAUGAACAAGCAAUCACGAAAUGUUCACUGAACGAUGAUAAAUUCUGUUUGGAUCUCAAGGACGAUGACGAUACAACUUGGAAACUCAAUCUUGAUUUCCCAUUUGGAGACAAUGAAAUUAUCGAUUCUCGUUCUACGAAGGUCAAGAUUUCCAAUAUUUACAUCGACACUAUAGAUCAAGUCAAUCUGGAAGCAAGAUUUGAAGUCAUAAGUAAUGACUACAUCGUGAAGAAAUUAAAUCUGACAUUGAACGGCUGUGAGAUUCUAAGUCAUGUGGAAAUUUCUCAAUCAUUUCUCUUGCCACCGAAUAAAUUGGCGAUAAUCGACGUAUCGAUGACAUUGCCUUUAUAUGCCAUCUAUAAAGAGCAGAUUUGUGAAGCCAACAUUGUGGAUGAAGCCAAAAAAAUUGUCGCUCGAAGGCAAUUUAUUCUUAAUCCAAAAGGUGCUCGGUGUUUGUGUCUGUGGCAUUGCGAUUGUUAUUGCUUUGAUUCAUUUCUCUCAAAAAACAUCAACGAUUUAUGUCACGCUAUGUCGCUGAAGGCGGAAAUUGAUGCGGGAUUUUACGACGAGGAUAUUUUUCUAAAACUUGGUGAAGAUAUCGAGACAUCGGAGAAUAUCAAAAGGAAUUUCAUGAAGAUUAUUCCGCUUCUGAUUCCUACACUAGCUUUGUGUCUGGGGAGAUGUCGUAGGUUUGCAGUUAAUCUAUUCUUCUUCCUCCUACUGCCAAUCGCGUGUUUGCGUAGCUUUCUUUGCUGUUUUCAUAACGAAAAAGAAAAAUCUGAAGAUUCAGUUUACGGAUUCAAAAUGACUCGAAGGGAAAUAGACUCAGAUGAUGAGUCUGAUGAAGAAAAUAUGAAACUCAUAAAACAUUCGUCAACAACAUCAAAUUUUAGCUCAACGUAUGAAAAUUUUAAAAAAUCUUCCGAUACGAUAUUUGAUGCUAGGAAUUUUUAUAGCGAUGAAAACGAAUUGGAAAAAGACACAGAAUUUGUUGUGAGUUCAAUAAAAGAAAGUCACGAAUCACUUUCUAAACUUGAAAACCAUCGAAACAAAGAAAAGACUUUUGAUGAGAUUUUUGACGAUACAAAAGAGAAGCCAGAAGAGAUGCUUGUUAAACAAUUUCUCAAUGCUCGUGUUGUUUUUCGUACAUUCACUGAACCAAAAGGAAGCGUGAAAGUUGUGGAAAAUCAACCUUAUUCUAUUCGAGGUUACUUUAUACCUGCACAGAACACCGGCUAUCAGUUCAUUACAUAUAAUCCCAUCAGACAAUUUUAUGGAAUUUCACAGAACAACACAUUAGUUUCCCUUACACCACAAAACUUACUGAAUGCCAAAGCUUUUCGACGUUUCUAUGCAAACAAAAAAGCAGUGCUGGAGGCAAAUGAUUUAAGUGUUCAUCCAACACUCUCUGCACCAUGUGUUAAUGUUCUCGUUCAGGAUCUCUCCAUGUAUCGCUGCGAGGUUUCUUGUGAUGAUAAAAAUAAGUUGACUUUGUGA